UUUGUAGCUUAAACGUUGUAGAAUGUAAUGAGGUUGUGUUGAGAAACGGGGUUGAUCUGAGCUCCCUCACUACACUAAACAUUCAGAGAAUUUCCAGAUUAACUUGUCUAAGGGAAGGAUUUACCCAGUUGUUAGCAGCCCUUCAAAAACUGGUGAUAAGAGGAUGUGGGGAGAUGACAUCUUUGUGGGAGAACAGAUUUGGAUUAGAAUGCCUUCGGGGUCUUGAAAGUAUAGAUAUCUGGCAGUGCCAUGGACUUGUAUCCUUGGAGGAGCAAAGGCUGCCGUGCAAUCUCAAACAUUUGAAAAUAGAAAACUGUGCUAACCUGCAGAGGCUGCCUAAUGGUCUGCAACGUCUCACAUGUCUUGAAGAGUUGUCAUUACAGAGUUGCCCCAAACUGGAGUCAUUUCCAGAGAUGGGCUUGCCACCGAUGCUGAGAAGUCUCGUGCUGCAGAAAUGCAACACUCUGAAGUUACUACCUCAUAAUUACAACUCAGGUUUCCUUGAAUAUUUGGAGAUUGAACACUGCCCAUGCCUCAUUAGCUUUCCAGAAGGUGAGCUGCCUGCCUCACUUAAGCAACUGAAGAUCAAGGAUUGUGCAAAUCUACAGACUCUGCCAGAGGGAAUGAUGCACCACAAUUCUAUGGUUAGCAACAACUCUUGUUGUCUUGAAGUCUUGGAGAUCAGAAAAUGUUCAUCCCUUCCAUCCCUUCCAACAGGCGAGCUACCCUCCACCCUUAAGCGGCUUGAGAUAUGGGACUGCAGGCAAUUUCAACCAAUUUCAGAGAAGAUGCUGCACAGCAAUACUGCACUUGAACAUUUGUCCAUUUCCAAUUAUCCAAACAUGAAAAUCCUUCCAGGAUUCCUCCACAGUCUCACGUAUCUCUAUAUAUAUGGUUGUCAAGGUCUUGUGUCCUUUCCAGAAAGGGGCUUGCCCACUCCCAAUCUCAGAGACCUUUAUAUUAACAACUGUGAGAACCUGAAGUCCCUUCCUCAUCAAAUGCAGAACCUUUUAUCUCUUCAAGAACUGAAUAUUAGGAAUUGUCAGGGCUUGGAGUCAUUUCCAGAAUGCGGUUUGGCCCCCAACCUUACUUCGCUCUCAAUCAGAGAUUGUGUGAAUCUGAAGGUGCCAUUAUCUGAAUGGGGCCUCCACAGGCUCACUUCUCUUUCAUCACUGUACAUUUCCGGUGUAUGUCCAAGUCUGGCAUCUCUUUCAGAUGAUGACUGUCUUCUUCCUACAACUCUGAGCAAACUUUUUAUCAGUAAGCUGGAUUCCCUGGCCUGUCUGGCUCUCAAAAACCUCUCUUCCCUUGAAAGGAUAUCCAUCUACAGAUGCCCUAAGCUCCGGUCCAUUGGGCUGCCUGAAACGCUAUCAAGACUUGAAAUAAGGGAUUGCUAACAACAUCCCAAGAUGAAUUCUGCGCCCUGUAUAAAAAAAGGGAAAAAAACUCACUCAGAUCAAGGAAGCCGUUCAAUGACUCAUUUGUCGUUUGCAUUGUGUUUUUCCCUCCUUCAACAAGGAAGGAAAGAAAUAAAGAAGAAUAGAAACAUAUGAAAUCCAAAAUUUCCGAACAUUAAGCAGCAAAUUCACAUGGUGAUGGUAGGAAGAAAAGAAUGAUGAAGGUGGUCAGUGCUUAUCAGGACUUGUUUUUCUGGUUUCUGCUAUUGUACACAAGCAUGAAUAUGUAUGCUAUUCUCAGUUACAUAUCAUAUACUUCUAUUGAUUUAUUUAUUUUCCAACUUCAAGUAAAGGUUGGUGUAGUGUAGUGUUUAUGACU